AGAAUACUUUUGGGAAUUCAAGCAGGCAACUUUAUCUUUGGAAAGUAAGGGUUAUUCCGUCCUUUCUUGCCAUAGCUGAUGGUAUCCAAAGGGCCGCAUUCUCUUCAAUGCUUCCUUUGACGGAUUUCCCAACUGUAACUGACCAUCCGGCGAGGCAGAGGAGAGAGAAAGAGCUGUAAAAAUUUCUCCGGGCUUCAAACGUUUUAAAGCCAAUAAAAGGCAAGGAGGUAGAGAUCCAAAAAGAUUCCAUCUUUCUUCUUUUUUCCCUCUGCUUUUGUGUUGCCAAUGGCGAUUAGGCUUCAGAGACACCAAACCAAAAAUGGGGCUCACUCCAUUUGGGCCACGUACUGAAUGACAGCUCAGGAAGGGAGGCCCUUCUACUGCUGAUGCUUGAAGCUGGCCUGUUGGAAGACAAAAGGUGGUGCCCUAGGGUUGCUGCUGCUUUUACAGGACAGCACUAGUUACUAUCCAUUGUGAUCAAUGGGAGUAGGUGGCUCUUUUCUUCGGCUUCUUCUGGGAGGACAGGGAAUCUGUCAUAUGAGAUCUGCAAUUUUCUUUGUGGUGCUUUUAGUGCUUGCAGCCAUAUGCAAGCCACCAUGGGCGGCUGCACAGAACUUUCAUUGCAAGCAUCCCAGGUCAGGUGCAGAUCGACCACAUAGUGUUUCCAUAACAGAGUUUGGUGCAGUUGGAGAUGGUGUAACCCUCAACACCAAAGCAUUUCAGAAUGCAAUCUUUUAUCUUAAUUCAUUUUCUGAUAAGGGUGGUGCACAGCUCUUUGUACCCGCCGGCAAAUGGUUGACGGGAAGUUUUAGUCUCAUCAGCCAUCUCACUUUGUCCUUGGACAAAGAUGCCAUAAUAAUUGGAUCUAUGGACCCCUAUGAUUGGCCUAUUAUAGAGCCAUUACCUUCCUAUGGGAGAGGUCGGGAGCUAGCAGGUGAAAGGCAUCAAAGCCUCAUUUAUGGCUACAAUCUAACAGAUGUUGUAAUAACAGGAGGUAAUGGGACCAUAGAUGGCCAGGGAAGUAUUUGGUGGAAUUGGUUUAAUUACAAUACUCUGAAUCAUACUCGACCACAUCUUGUAGAAUUAAUGUACUCAACUGGGCUUGUAAUCUCAAAUCUUACAUUCAAAAACUCCCCCUUUUGGACCAUUCAUCCAGUCUAUUGCAACUACGUCUUCAUUCAGAACAUUACAAUCCUUGCCCCACUGGACUCACCAAAUACUGAUGGGAUUGAUCCAGAUUCGUCCACCAAUGUCUGCAUCAAGGAUUGCUACAUCAGCACUGGUGAUGAUCUUAUUGUUAUCAAGAGUGGGUGGGAUGAAUAUGGCAUCUCAUUUGCACAUCCUAGCUCCAACAUAAGCAUCAAAAGUAUUUUUGGUGAGAGCAAAUCUGGAGCUGGCAUUGCCAUUGGAAGUGAGAUGUCUGGUGGUGUAUCGGAAGUACACGCUGAAGAGAUUCACAUCUUCAACUCUCUUCAUGGAAUCCAUAUCAAAACAUCUCCUGGGCGUGGUGGAUAUGUGAGAAAUAUUUACAUCUCCAAUGUCAUCUUGACCAAUGUUGAGUAUGCCAUCAGGAUCAAUGGUCAAUAUGGUGAGCACCCAGAUGAUUAUUAUGAUCCAUAUGCGUUGCCAGAUAUCAACAAUAUCACCAUUAAAGAUGUUUAUGGAGUAAAUAUCAGCGUUGCAGGUCUUUUGGAGGGUAUCGAAGGGGACAUUUUUGGUCAAAUUUGCCUCUCUGAUAUCUCGCUAAAUGUAACAUCAGAAGAUUCUUCAUGGAAUUGUUCAUAUGUUGAAGGCUAUUCUUACCUCGUGUCGCCAAACUCUUGUCAGUUACUACAAAAAAUACCGAAUGACUCUUCUGUUUGUUAUUCUCCAGCUGAUAAUCUGACACUUUAUUCUGGAGGAAAUUGCUCUAUUAGCUCCUAUGUGACGUUGGCAUCUUUGUAGAUGACUGGUUACUGCAUAUAUCUUUGUUGAUGUUAAUUGUUCAUAGAUUAGAAUUCCAUUUGUCAAAAAAAAAAAAAAAAACUUGUGCCAUUUUUGUUUUCUUUGAUCUUGUUCUAUUAUUAAAUUUCUUGGGAAGUUAGAGUGCUAUGUUUGGAUAAUAAGUUUGAAUCAAGUUUGGAACAUCUUAAGAGAUUGUUAGAAAUGAGGAGACUUUUUGUAUCUUCAUCUGCCUUUUGAACGGUUUUCUCAGGUCUAGACCUGUGUGAUCACAUCAUAUUAUAGUUAACAUGUGUAACACUACAAGUGUCAAUGCAUGGUUACUAGUUGUGUUCUCUGUCA